CAAAUUCCAAGCUUGAUUACGGGUCCCCUGAUGUCAAAUUCUGUCUUGGGAAGAAAGAAAGAAGACCCUGGCUAGUGGGUACACUAUAUAUUCCAGUUGAGGGGUUCUCUAAUAUAUUGAUUAGAGGAUUCAAUUCCUACACAAAAGAAGCUAGUUAUCUUCACAAUUAUCAGUAGAAAAUGCACAUGUACAACGCCUGGCUUCCUCCUCCGGUGGCAGAACAGACAAAGGGGGAGAAAGAAUCGUUUGCCAAAGUAGUGAAAUCUGUUAAAGAAUCAUACAAGUCGGAUGAUCCCGAUUCAGUUUACGCUACUCUCAAAUGGGUUUCCGUUCUUGACCUCUUCAUAAAGGCAAAAAGUGAACUAUCUCUGGAGGAUGUUAAAGAGGUAGUUGAAGUUGGAUUGGAAUUGUUCCGUAUAUCAGAAAAUAAACUUUAUGCUCAGGUUAGAUGGGGAAAUAUCUUGGUAAAGGUACUGAAUAAAUACCGGAAAAAGUUGGCUUUGGAAGUUCAAUGGCGCCCUUUGUAUGAUACUCUGGUUCACACACACUUCACAAGGAAUACGGGCCCAGAAGGCUGGAGAAUAAGACAACGACAUUUUGAGACCGUUACUUCGCUUGUUCGAUCCUGCCGGAGGUUUUUCCCUCCAGGUUCUGCAUUUGAGAUAUGGUCCGAGUUCAGGUAACAUUUUACAUCCUGGG